CUCUUUUCCUCUUUCCCUUGUAUAAUCGGCAGAGGUCGCAUGGCAGAGGGAAGUCGGACCACUUCUGCGCACUGGAACCAGUGCGAGAAUAUGUGCACGUCCAUAACAAAGCCAGUGUGAGAGCGCACAGAGGGGGCUGACGUUUGACGGUGGAGUUUAAAAAAAAGAAAGAAAGGAAAAAGAGAGAUAGAGAGAAAAAGUGUCAACUUGGGAGGUUUGUUUUGCUGUGGAAUACCCGGAUAUACAGUAGUUGUGGCAGCACGUGUGCAUCUGUGACAUUUGUGCUUGGGAGUGAGGGACUAUUUGUCACGCUGAGGACCACUGCGCACCAGCCCGCCACUGAACAAGAGGGAAAAGUGCACCGAGAACAACUUAGAUUCUGCCCCCCCACCCCCUUUUUUUUGUUGUCUCUUUCUCUUCUCGUGUGUACGCGUGUGUGCUUUAUCGCCGAGACAACAGCGAGUUCGAGUCCAAGCUGGAAGUGAUUUGAUGCGUUCAGGCUCGCUCAACGUGAGAUGGACGUGAGAUUUUACCCUGCUCCCCCGGCCAAUGUGGGUUCAUGCUCCCUACCUGCUGAUCCAAGUUGCUUGAGCUCGCUGGACUAUUAUCACCCCAACAAGGCCCGAUACAGUGUGGGUGAGCGAGGGGUCAGGCUCCACUCUACCCCCCCUCCAGGCAUCAGUCCAGCUAGGAAAAGACUACCCACUGCUGUGUUUGAUGGUGACAACAUGUACAUGAAUGACAAUAACCAAGAGUUUCGGUCACCAAAUCAGAGCUAUUCCACUCCGGGCAGGGGCAGCAAUGGCGGCGGCGGCGGAGGAGGAGGAGGAGGAGCAGGGGAUGAAGACUACGAGAUCCCCCCAAUUACGCCCCCCAAUCAUGCUGACCCUUCUCUGCUGCACCUCAUGGAGCACGAGUCAGGGUACCCCUUUCACUCCUUGCCUCACAAUGGCCUGCUCAACACCUACUCCUACCCCGAGCUGCCCGCCCUUAUGAUGUCCAACAUGCUGGGUCAGGACACCCACCUCCUCUCGGGACCUAUGCACUCGUUAAGCAACGACAAGCGGUCCUCGGCAGAAAUGAUGAAGCCCAAACCCAAACCGCAGAAGAAGAAGAAGAAGAAGGAUCCCAACGAGCCACAGAAACCCGUCUCGGCCUAUGCGCUCUUCUUUCGAGAUACCCAGGCAGCCAUUAAGGGACAGAACCCCAACGCCACCUUUGGAGACGUGUCCAAGAUUGUGGCCUCCAUGUGGGACAGCCUAGGAGAGGAACAGAAGCAGGGUUACAAGAGAAAAACUGAGGCGGCCAAGAAGGAGUACCUGAAAGCCUUGGCAGCGUACAGAGCCAGUCUGGUUUCCAAGACAUAUAAUGAUCCAGAGCCAAAAAGUGCCCAGCAGACAAGCCAGCCCUCCCACCUGCUGCCCCCAAAGCAGCCCCUGUAUAGUCCUCAGCCCUCGUCCCCCUACCUGGGCCCAUCGGGCUCCUUCCCCCUGUCGGACCUCCAGAGCUACGCGGGGCCCCCACGCCACAGCCUGGCCUCCACUCUCAGCCAAUCGCAGAUGCUGCCACCCAGCAUGAGUGCCUCGCCCCCUGCUCCCUUCCAGAUCAGCCCACCCCUGCACCCCCAUGCCCAGCUCUCCCUGCACCAGAGCUCACUGCUCAACCAGCCAAUCCGCAUGCAGCAGUCGCAGCCAAUCAUCUCGCACCAAAUGGGGCUCCAGGCACCUUUGCAUUCCCCACCUCUCAGCCAACAGGGGUUUUCCCAUAUUCAGGCCGAGUACCAGAACAGUGUGGGGGGCUCGCAGUCACCAGGGGCUCCAAAUCCAGUGCAUGGCCAGAACCCAGACUGGGAUAGCGAAUACUGCAACAGAGAUUGUGGACCCAACCCUUGCAGCAGUGGCAUGGGACCUCGGGACAAGCCUCUCUACCUCACUUGAAGUUGAAAGACCUCCACACGUGUGACUCCAGGGAGAUUUUCCAACGUAACAUCAUCAAUAUAUCUGCUUCGACACCAUUUUGCUUUCUUCUUCUUCUUCUUCUUCUUCUUCUUCUGACGGAUUUUAAAAAUCCCAAAGACUGCUCCAGCAUCUUCACCUAUUCGCCAAGCACUUAGAUCAGCCACACGCCCGAGGCACCCUCUCUCUCUCUCUCUCUCUCUCUCUCUCUCUCUCUCAUCAGUGAACUUUUCCUUUUUUUUGCGGGGGCAGUGAGCUCUGAGCUUCUGCCAGCAUACUGGAAAGAAAGACAAAAAUACUUCUCAUUUUGUUUUUGAAUUUCCUAGAGAUGCUUCCCCCCCCUUUGCCUCCUCAUCGGAGAUGACAUGCUCCAAGCAUCCUCAAAGAGUAGGGCUCUCCAAAUUAGGCGCCUCAGCGGAAGGGGUGCGUGUACUUCAGGACAUUUUCGCGCUCGUCGCAAACACGUGAGAUGUUUGCAAAAUUCAUCAUUGCCCCAAAUGAAGGACUUUCUAAGUUCCUUUUAUUUCUCACAGAGAUUGUAUAUACCACCAAAAUCAGAUCCUUCUUAUGUGUGUAUUUAGCUGACUUGAGUUUCUUUCAUUGAAAAAUGUGGUGAUGGAAUACACACCCACCCAAAACUGUGUUACAAGAAAGAGACGAGGAGGAGGACAUCCCAAAAAAAAAAAGAAAGAAAAUAAAAAGAAAAACAAUCGCUAUCUCCUUUCUGACAGUUGGGAGCGUCGACUCUCGUCACGUGACCUCAGGAUGUUGCCGAAGUGCAGAGUUGGAAGAUUUCAAACCCUUUUGAAUCCUCCCCACCUUCUUUUUGCCCCGACACCACUUGUACAGGUGAAUUAAACAAAACAAAACAAAAAAAAAAAAGAAGCUAAAUGUGAAAUGUUAACUAAAGAAAAAAAAAACAGUGGGGUUUUGAAGUUUUUGACUAGUUUUAUUAGGUGUUUUAGAAUUGUGUUGAGCUCAUCUUUCUCAUCUUUUGUGAAGAGUUUUUCAAAAAAAAAAAGAUCUUUUUGGUUUUCACUGUAGCAGGAUUUAAGAGGAACGGAUAUCGGGGUAUAUAAUUCCAUUUUGUGUAUAGAUCCUGCCAAAUGUACUUCUUUACUUUGUCAUGCCAGAGAUCCAGUUUGUUUUGAUGAAUAUUGGUUUGACAAAAAGGUCAAUUCUAUUUCAGUUGGUUAGAAGCUUUCACGUUGGUUUAUAAAUAAUAAAGAAGAUGCUGGCUUUUUUCAUCAGGGUGCAUUAUUAUUAUUAUUAUUAUUAUUAUUAUUAUUAUUAUUAUAACAUUGGUUAUUAAAUUUUGUUUCCAGAAUUUGUUGGUACAAUACCACUGGACCAGCAUCGGAUUCUUUUUGUGACUCAAAUAUUCCUUUGUUUUCUUUUUUUGUCUGUAAUAAAAUGUCUAAAGUUU